AUGACAGUAAAUGAGUUUUCUGAAUUUGAUAAAAAACUAAACGAACUGCUUGAAAGAAAACCACCUGGGACUAGUGCCUCAAAAAUAAAAGAUCUAACUAAGAUAGCUUUGAAUAGCCCAAAGCAAUACAAAAAUAUUGUUCACAGUAUACAGAAGUUUAUUCAAAGAUGCCCAUCUGAUUAUAAAUUGGGAGCAUUAUAUGUGUUGGAUUCAAUAUCGCAAACGGCUCAAAAACAAAAAGGACCAGCAAAGACAAAAAAUAGUGCCGAAUAUCUUGAUAGAUUUGAGAAAUUAAUGCAAUGUCCAGAACAUGACAAGUUUAACGAAAUAUUAGAACUUUGCGGUCGUACAGGUCUUGAAAAUCCUUCUGAUUAUGUUGGAGAACAAUUAGAUCAUAAUAAAAGCUCCAAAGACUCUUUUUUCCAACAAGAAUUAGAAAAAGAAAAACAAACAUUAUUAUUAAAAAAGUCAUCAAUACGUAAAUUUAAUAGUCCAAGAGCGUUAGUAUUAUUACCAUCAAGAGAAUUGGUAGAACAGGUACAAUCUGUUGCUAAAAUAUUAUCUCAUUUUGCAAGAUUUCGUGUAAUAUCAUUUACCUCAAAAAAUGAACGUCGUUUAAUUAGACGUAGUUUGGCUUUGCCAAUUGACAUGAUUAUAUCAACUCCGUCAAGUAUCCUUAAAUACACCGAGGAUGGGCUAUUGAGCUUGUCAGAACUCAAAUAUAUGGUUGUAGAUGAAGCUGACACUAUGUUUAGCAAAGGGUUUGGUGAAGAGGUCAGAAAUAUUAUACAAAAAAUCAAAAAAAUUGUUGAAAAACAAAAUGAAAAAUUAGAAAAACAACAAUCUACUUAUAACCAUUAUAAUAAAUCAAUUAAUGAAUUAUUAGAUGAAGAAUUGCCUUCUAUAAAACGUUUAACCAGUCAUUCGUUACAUAAAGUUUUGCCAAAUCUUCAACAUGAAUUUAUUGAUAUGAAAACUUACAAUUUUAAUAAAUCUCAAGCUAUAUUAGAAGUACCAUCAUCAUCAAUAUUAACCAACAACAGCAGUACAAUAAUAUUUUGUAACACAAGGGUAAGUUCAAGAGCCCUUGAAGCAUUUUUAAAGUCUAAAGGAUUUCCAGUGAUAGGUUUAUAUGGUGAUAUAGAUGAUCGUACAACAAAGUUGGAAGCAUUCAAAAAUCAAUCGUUAGAUGCUAAAGUUUUAGUUUGUACUGAUAUUGCUUCAAGAGGUCUAGAUACAACAUUUGUUGAUCAUGUUAUAUUAUAUGAUUUCCCUACUAAUAUGAUUGAUUUUUUGCAUAGAAUUGGUAGAACAGCUAGAAUUGGCAAAAGAGGUAAAGCUACUUAUUUCAUCACAUCAUCCAAUAGAAUCUUGGCAGAAAGAAUCAAAAGGAACAUUAGAGAUAAUAGAGUUUUAUCAUGA